CUGUACUAUGUCCGCAGUCUCUGGUCAUCUCCUGUACUGUGUCCGCAGUCUCUGGUCAUCUCCUGUACUGUGUCCGCAGUCUCUGGUCAUCUCCUGCACUGUGUCCGCAGUCUCUGGUCAUCCCCUGUACUGUGUCCGCAGUCUCUGGUCAUCUCCUGUACUAUGUCUGCAGUCUCUGGUCAUCUCCUUCCAUUAGUUUUUUUUACCUCUAAAACCUAGGUGGGUCUUAUAGAGAGAAAAAAAACUUAAAUUUAGCGCACGCUUUGAUUUAUUCACAUUUUUACCUUUUUUUGGUUAGGAGUGCAGCUUU